CCCGGAAGGCCGAGCCCUCCCGGCCCCACCUGGAGAGGAGCUUAAAGGGCGGCCGGCGGCCCCGCAGGCGCAGCGCCGGCUCCCGCACCAUGCCCACGGCCCGCAGCAUGCUCCUCCUGGCCGGGCUCCUGGCUCUCGGGGCAGAGCUGCCUCCAGCAUCCGCCCAGAAUGUCACCACGAAAGCCGGCGUGUGCCCGGACCCCGCCGCGGAAGCAGUGAACUGCACGGUGGGGUGCCAGUCCGAUGGCGACUGCGAGAGCACCCUCAAGUGCUGCCCGGCGGCCUGCGGCAAGGCCUGCCUGAAGCCCGACGAGAAGCCCGGCACCUGCCCACCCGUCAGCCCAGGCAUCCCCAUGCUGGGUGUCUGCACCAACCAGUGCAAGACUGACUCCAACUGUUCCGGGAGCCAGAAGUGCUGCAGAAAUGGCUGCGGCAAAGUCUCCUGCGUGACACCCCUCCACUGAGGCACAGCCACCUCCUGACCACCCAACCACAGGGAAGCUGCUGCCCAGCACCAGUCCCGCGUGCCCAGACAACCCCCAGCCCCACACUAACCCUCCAGCCUGGAGCCUUCAGCCUCAGCUUCCCCUCCAGGGUCCCCCACUUGGGGUACACCACAGCCCCCACACUCUCUCCAAUAAAGCAACCUCUCCCUAC